UUCUAUUACAACAUAUCAUAUCUUACAUCAAUUCACUUAAUUAUAACAAUACUAAGUUAUACUAUAUAUUAUCAACACUGAAUAUGAAUAUGAAUUUUGAAGCAAUGAAUAGAAGCUGUUCAACAACAACAUCUUCAUCAGACUCAUGUUCAUCAGAAUCAAAUCCAACGAACCAAAACAAACUAGACAGAAUCAAAGGUCCAUGGAGUGCAGAAGAAGAUAGAAUCCUAACUCGACUCGUUGAACAACACGGAGCAAGAAACUGGUCACUCAUCAGCCGUUACAUAAAAGGAAGGUCCGGAAAAUCCUGUAGACUCCGGUGGUGUAAUCAGCUCAGUCCAACGGUGGAGCACCGUCCAUUUUCGCCGCAAGAAGAUGAAACAAUUAUAGCGGCGCAUACUCAAUACGGUAACCGCUGGGCUACCAUUGCGCGUCUUUUACCUGGAAGAACUGAUAAUGCUGUCAAGAAUCAUUGGAAUUCGACUCUUAAACGAAGAGCGAGUUGUGGCGGUGCUCGCGGUGGUGGUGAUGAUUCUGUUACGGUUGCCGGAACUGUUAGCGGUGGAAAUGAAAGGGGAAGUUGUUCUGCUUUGGCUUUUGAAGAUGAUCCGUUGACCGCGUUGACUCUUGCUCCUCCGGGGAAUGUUAAUGGUUAUUGUGUGGAAGAUCGGGAAGAGGCGGUUGCUGAUCGUCGGUUUCCUUCGCCGUCGCCGGAAAGUUUUCCGACGGGGUUUUGGGAUGUGAUGAAAGGUGUGAUUGCAAAAGAAGUUAGAGAAUAUGUUUCUUCUAAUUUUGCUCAUAAUAAUAAUAAUAAUUCUGGUUUUCAUUAAAUUAAUUUAUGAAUCAAUAAUCAUGAACUUUUUUUGUGUUAUUGUUAAUUUAAUGAAAUUAAUUAUAUUUUGUUCUGCUUAA